AUGUUUCAGCGCCUCCGCGACGCCAUCGACUCUCGCAUCGCCGAGGAACAAGCCCGACAAAAGUCUGCUCAAGAUUCCAUUUCCCGCUCCAAUUCCGCUCGCCGCCCACCCACCCGCAACCUUUCUCCGAGUCGGCGCAACCGCCCAAGACGCAACACCGGCACUCCCGUCAGAGGCCCCGACCCCAAGGAAUUCGAGGCGGAAUUCACCAUCGGGGACGACGAUGAUUCCAGCAGACCUGACACUCCCCAAGUCGACACUCCAGAAGUUACAUCAGAAGUAAGCGCAGCCAAAGAGGAGGAAUCUGCUGAAAUGGAGGGCAAACCACCUGCGGAGUCAUCCGAGCAAGAGGCCUCCGGUGCCCAAGACGCUGAACCUCCCAAGGAGUCCUCGACUGAGCUUCCACCCGAUGUCCGAGCUAAGCUCCGCAGACUCGAUAAGCUUGAGGCGCGAUACCAUGAUUUGCUCAAAGCAUACCGUAUGGCACACUCGCGCGUUCUAUCCAUCGAGCCUUUCGAGGCUGCCCUGCGCGAAAAUACACCGCUCACCUCGAUUGGCGAGCCCAAAGCUUUCACCGAGUACCUUAACCAAACGGCCUUGAAAAGCGACAUGGUCAUGGAUGAAUUGAAACGUGUCACUAUCGAAAGGGAGGACUACAAAAAGAAGAUGGAAGAAGCACAGAAACAAACGAAGGAUGCAUUGGAUGAGGUAACUGGACUCAAGCAGAGGGAAGAGAAGCAGGAGAAACCUGAAGCUGGCCAGAACAAGGGAUUGGAUGGAACAGAGGAAACAAGUGAGGAAUUCUUCUCAUUUGAUAAUGAAGUUCCCCGUCUUGAGGGGGAACUCAAGGAGAAGCAAGAGGAGGUUGACAACCUCAAGGUUGAGGUCGAAAAUCUCAAGCGCGACAUGUCUGUCACCCGUGAGUCGACCGAGGGGAUGGUCCAGAACCUCGAGACAGCCACUCGCGAGCUCGUUGAGUUGCGCGAAACCAAAGACAAGUUGGAUGCGGAGAUUGAAACUCUUAAGACUUCCAGCAAUGCUGACAAGGAUAAUGUCAACGACUUGAAGGCGAAGCUUGCCACAGCCGAAUCUUCUAUUGAAUCGACCACCAAGGAAGUUGAAGAGCUCAAGUCGCAGCUUCAGGAAAAGGCCGAGGAAAUUGAAAAGCUCCAGAAUCAGGCUUCCGAGAAGCCAAAGCCAGAUACGAAGCUCGUCUCGGAAUUGGACUCAGCAAAGGAGGAGCAGAAGGCCGGUGAGAAGAAACUGGUUGUUCUCCAGGGUUUGGUUGACGGCCUUCAAUCCCAGCUCAAGGAAACCGAAACGACCGUCUCAGACCUCAAGACGGAGAUUGGCCAGAAGUCGGAGACCUCUACUAAGCUCCAAAAGAUUGUCGACUUUGUGGACGAGAACCUGAAGGACAAUACUACGUGGACAUCCGCCAAGGACAAGCUUUCCGCCGGACAAAAGGCCGAUUUUGAUGAGAUCCGAAAGAGUUUGGCUCCAGCCAAGGAAGAAGAGGCAGCUCCUACUGCCUCUACUCCUGCUCCUACUGAAGAAGAGACCCCACCUGCUCCAGCAGCAGCAGCUGUCGGUGGUGGCGGAGGAAAGAAGAAGAACAAGAAGAAGAAGAAGGGUGGAAAGACUGAAGAACCAACCAAGUCCGCUGAGGCCGCCCCCACGGAGCAACCGACACAGGACAAGGCUGCUCCAGUGGCCGCCGCUCCAGCCUCCGACGAACUAAAUGAGCUGAAGUCAAAGCUGGAAACGUUGACGCAACAGUUGUCGGAGAAGGAAGCGGCCAUUGACCGCUUGAGUGCCAAGCUGAAGGGCGAAGACAACCUCAAGGAAGAAAUUGAGUCUCUGCGCGAUGACCUUGUCAACAUAGGCCAGGAGCACGUCGCAGCUAAGGAUCAGAUCAAGGAGCUUUCCGCAGAGAAGACAGCCCUUAAAGAAACCAUCACCAAACUCGAGAAGGAAUUGGUCGACCUUCGCACAAGUAACGCUUCGAGCUCAGCCGACUCGGAAAAAAUCCACACCUCUCUCAAAGAUGAGUUUGAGAGCCUCAAGGUUCGCUCGGCAACCCUUGAGACCGAUCUUUCUGCCGCCCAGCAGCUGGCUGCCACUCGCUUCAAGGAUCUCACAGACUUACGCGAAACUCUUCAGAAGGUUCAACCCGAGUUGCGAAACUUGCGCGCUGAAUCUUCAGAGUUGAAGAACUUGAAGGAGACUCUUACUAGCAAGAACUCCGAGUUGAAGGCUCUAGAGGGCAAGCACGAGGAUCUGCGCACCGAGCUGAAGACUGCUAAGUCGAAAAUCUCAGAACGCGACACGGAAGUUGGCACUUUGAACAAGAAGAUCAGACAAGAGACUGACAGCCGCUUGAAGGGUGAAGAGAAACUCAGCGUUGCUCAGUCCGAGCUGCGCGCCACUGAAAGCAAAAAGCAAGAUGCUAUCAAUGCCAGAGAUAAGCUCAGUGGUGAUCUCUCCAAGGCACAGGAUGGACUGAAGAGUACUCGUGCCAAAAUGCGCGAGAUGGAUGAUCAGAUCUCUCAGUUGAACAAGGAGCUUGCCGGUCUCCGGGAAGAAAUCCAGCUGAAGACCGCGCAGCACAGUAGCGCCCAAAGUUUGAUGAACAGCAUGCGUGAUCAGACGUCAGAGGUGGCAAUGCAGAUGAAGGAGGCCCGUGAACGAUGCGAGAGUCUAGAUGAAGAACUGGCCGACGCCCAUCGUUUGCUGAGCGAGCGAACCCGUGAAGCUGAAACUAUGCGCCGACUGCUCAAUGACAUCGAGGGUCGUUCGGAAUCGAAGGUGCGGGAAUUCAAGGAACGUAUGGAGGCCGCCAUCGAAGAGCGGGACCGCGCUGAAGAUGAAGCCAGUAGCCAAGGCCGACGUCGUGCCCGAGAAAUGGAAGAACUCAAGGCUAAGGUCCGCGAGGCUGAGCGAGCCCUACGCACAGCCGAACAGGACAAGGAGGAGCUUGAGCAGUCCCAAAAGGAUUGGCGUCGCCGUCGUGAUGAGCUGGAAUCUGUCUCCGAGCAAUCAUCACAGGAAGUGACCGAGAUCCGCCAAGCCAUGGCUGGUCUGCGCGAUGCACUCGAUGAAAGUGAGAAGCAGGUUCGUGACCUCGAAAAGGACAAGGCAGAGCUGCGUCGCUCCGUCGAAGAGACCAACACCCGGCUAGAGAAGCUCCGGAAGUCUCACAAGACUCUCGGAGAGGAUGUUCGCCUGCGUGGCUCCCCGUCAGGUCGACAGUCUUCGCGAUCGUCCAUGGAUUCUGGAUCUCGCCGGGGACUUGCAUCCCCCUCGGCCAGAAGCGAGACCCCCGUUGGUCCACCCAGCAAUGCUUCCAUUGACUACAUGUACUUGAAAAAUGUCCUCCUCCAGUUCCUGGAGCAGAAGGACAAGAACUAUCAAAAGCAGCUGAUUCCUGUACUGGGAAUGCUGCUACACUUUGACCGACUUGAGCCGUCCAAAGCUGUCAAAAUCCCUACAGAAUGGACUUCAUACCAGCCUUCUCCAAAGCCAUGGCCGACCAACCCACCAUCCGCCUGGCAACCCCAGAGGGCAAGUCUCCCCAAUCCCUUAUUUCAGCAUCACCAAUCCAUCUCCCACGCCAACAGCACUAACACCCCACCAGACGUCCCCCUCAUCCUCCAAUUCAUCUGCGAACUUGCCGACUAUGAAAAAGCCCUACACGAAGUCGAAGCCACCGAAGAAUCCCUUCUCGCAACCCUCUCUUUCCCGGACACGCCCCCCAAACGCGGCGCCGUCUACACAGCCCUGAUCACCCCACCAGCAACCCCCACAACCCCCAACCCUAUCCCUGUCGGCAUGGCCCUCUACUUCUACAACUACUCAACAUGGCGGUCCGCACCGGGAAUCUAUCUGGAGGAUCUGUACGUGCAGCCCAGUGCGCGGGGUCACGGAUACGGAUUCAAGUUGUUGAAGUACCUUGCGAAACAGGUGCUUGAGGUUAAGGGGCGCCGGCUGGAGUGGAGUGUGCUUACUUGGAACGAGCCUAGUAUUCGCUUCUAUGAGCAGGUUGGAGCCAAGGGCAUGGAUGAGUGGAUGAAGAUGAUGGUCGAGGGCGAUGCGUUGGAUAAGUUGGCCGAGGGGGCGUAG